AUGCCUACGAUGACAACCAGCCCUCCGAGGCCACCUGCCCCACGAACAGCGAAUGUGGCGCUCCCCCUUGUGACCCCUUCGCCCCCCGGAGCCCGUCAAUUCUUCAGAUCUCCGCCAUCGUCGUGGGGUCAAGCCGCGCAGCAUUGGACCAAUCCGGCUGCAUUCUACACCCCGAGUCCGAGCGAAUAUUACUCGCCUGUGUUCAGCGAUAUCCAGGCGCUGGCAAGCUUUCACCCUCUCCCGGAGCUCCGGAUGCCUCAGCCAUCACGAGUAUUGCUGGACGUGACUGCCGCGCACCUGCAAGCCUCUGUUGCAAGCCCGCCCCAAUUCAGUCCUGCCCACGGACCCACUGAAUGGGGUAGCCAUCUUCCAAUCCAGUCCCCUCCAGGCAUUCUUCAGCCUCCACCCCGACGUCCACUACUCCCUCCGCCCCGAAAUCAGCCCACUCCGCGCCCGCCAUCGCCCGCGAGGGAACAGACACCUAUCGCUAUCCCUGGCUCGCCGCUCCCGCGCGCGCUGGACAUGGAAUACCGCAACUUGUUGGAGUACCAGCCAGAUAGUCACAUUACCGGCCGCCGGAGCCACCGGAUCUACGACGAUUCUGACAGCGAGGAUGACGAAUUAGAGCCUUUUUCUCCAACGGCGCUGCGCAGCCCGACGCCGGCCCCUCUUGCUGGUUUGUCAUACCAACUUGGACGCUCUUCGCUUGGAGACAACCUCGCUGCUGAUGAACGCCAUGACCAGAGCGCGGCCCCUGGCCUCUUCAAUGCAGGCGUUUGGCAAGGAAACUCCCUUGUUCCGCAGACUUCAAACGACAAUGCAGUCCCCGGCCCGUCAACCCUACAAGCGUUUCACCCCCAAAAUUCGCAUCUCGCUGUGAACGGGCCAUUAGCAGGUCCGUCACGCGAAGGCUUUUCGCCAGGCAACGCUUUUGUACAUGGCGCUCCGUCAAACCAAGGCUUUUCGCAAGACGGCACCGGUCUUCGUCAACAUUCUCACCAUAACGCAACUCCGGGUCCGUCAAAUCCGACUUUUUUUCCAUAUGUUCCUCUCUGGCAGGCGACCUCAACUGAAGCAGCCGGCCUCAGGCUGCCGUACCCACUCCCGAUUGAGGACAUACCUUUGUUGCUUGCGGACCCCGACAACCGUGCUCAGGAGACUUCUCAGAACAACGAGACCCAGUUUGGCUCAUUUAACCCUGGUCUUUCUCAACAAAACUCCCUUGUUCGUCAGACUUCAAACCACAGCGCGCCAGACCCGUCCAACCCAAGCUUUUCGGAACAGAGCCCCUUUGUGCUUCAAAUGUCCCAGCGUAAUGCGACCCCUGGGCCGUCGAAUCAAGGCUUUUCGCAAGACAACGCGCUUAUUCGUCAGAAUUCACAUCGCAACGCGACUCCGGGUCCGUCAAACCUGAAUGCUGGCAAUUUUCAAUAUCACCCCGCUCUCCGAUCUGCCAGUGCGUGGGGGUAUGCGACUGCAGGGCCGUCAACUGGGGCACCGGGUAUGUCGGCCAGAGCGAAUGAGCCGCGGGUAAUCCACUCCAUUUUGAAGACGUCCCCUAAUCACGUACCCCGGGCGCUGCGCAGUGCCUCAGCUGCCCCGCCCCGUCCAGACAGCGGUGGUAGCGCCGUUCCGCCCCGAAAAUGGUACACUGGUACUAUCUUCGACGAGUUCUCCAUCUUUGGAGGCAGGCCUGUGGAGAUUCCCCUGCGCGACGAGCAUAUUGAGCUGGUGUGGCCGUUGCGACAGCAACAGGGGCGGCCCAACCGCCCAGGCUUCAUCAGCCCAUGCAUAAAAUACGACAUCGCUCGUUCCCCGCGCGAAUCAUACGGUGUUCUCGACAUUCGCGUGGCUGGCGGCCUGCCUACCGAACUCGCCUUCGACGACAUUCGCAUGCCUGUUUCGAGCCAUAUGGUCAUGAACACCAUGCUCAUACUUGCGGAACACGCGCCCAACGGCGUUAUCCAGCUUGAGCGGGCCGGGCCGGAGGGGCUGCGGGUGCUGGACGUCUUGGAGGGGAUUUACCAGGCAUAUAACACGGAGCUACCGGACAUCGACGAGAUGACGGUGGAGGACCAGGCCACGUUGAUCACGGCGAUGCAGCAACGCACACAGGCACCGCCGGGCGGGCCGCUGUCGGACGAAGUGCGGGCGAUGCGGCGCAGAGGAAUCACCCAUGUCGAUUUGCUGGGAGUUGGCCGCGCGUUUGAUGGGCUGUCGAGGAAGAGAAAGGGAUGGCAGCUGCAUUUCAAGGAUCUGCAGUAUAAUCCGCGUUUGUAA